AUGGACAUGGAUGGAGAAGGUAACAACUCUCUGUCUACCUAUCUCCCUCGAGUUACCAAGUUAGAAUUAGCGAGUUGCAAUUUAACAGGAUUUCCAAGUUUAUUGGAACACGUUAAGCAAGUGUCUUACUUGGACUUGUCAUGCAAUAGAAUCAGUGGGGCUGUUCCGAAGCUGGUAUGGGUGACAUGGAACAACAGCCUUACAUAUUUGAAUCUUUCACACAACAUGCUCAGCACUAUGCAAGUUACUUCAUUUGUUCUCCCUUUCGAUAAGUUGGAGGUUAUUGAUCUUAGUUCCAACCAGCUUCAGGGGCAGAUUCCUAUGCCAAGCUGGUCAGUGUACUUCGAUUGUUCAAACAAUAGUUUCUCUUCAGUGCUUCCAAACUUCACUCUCUAUCUUGGCGAUGAGUUCAGAAUUUCUAAAAACAAUAUCAGUGGACAUAUACCAAACUCAAUUUGUGAUUCACGGAUCAGUGUCCUUGACCUGUCAUUUAACAGCUUCAGCGGGCAGAUACCUUCGUGUCUAAUAGAAGAUGGUUACACUAGCGUGUUGAGUUUGCGGGAGAAUCAAUUUGAAGGUGUGUUGCCUAACAACAUCAAAGACCAAUGUAUGCUUCACACAUUAGACUUGAACGGCAAUAAGAUUGAAGGGAAGCUUCCAAUGACACUUACCAAGUGCUGGCAGCUAGUGCUCCUUGACGUUGGAAAUAAUAACAUGGUGGGUGCUUUUCCAUCAUGGCUGGGGCUACUUCCCGAACUUCGUAUCCUUGUCUUGAGAUCCAACCGAUUCUAUGGCUCGGUGGGUGGUGAUCUUCACAGCAGUGAAAAAUAUGGAGAAUACUUCUCUAGCUUGCAGAUUCUGGAUCUUGCCUCGAACAAUUUCUCCGGUAAUUUGAGUCCAGAUUGGUUUGAGGGGCUGAAAUCAAUGAUGUCAGAGUUGAACACAACAGGUCGUAUUAUUAGUAGUUUUAACGGAAGUAUGGAACAUCCCUAUCAGGAUUCUGUUGCUAUAUACUAUAAAAGCAUCUACAGGACAUUUGAUAAGAUCUUGACCACUUUAACAGUCAUUGACCUAUCAAAUAAUUCAUUGGAUGGCACCAUUCCGGGAUCGCUUGGGAGGCUUAUUUCGUUACAUGUACUAAACAUGUCAGGGAAUGCCAUCACGGGUGAUAUUCCGCAGGAAUUUGGCGGGAUGACUCAACUAGAAUCUCUCGACCUGUCUCAGAACCAGCUUUCUGGUGAUAUUCCGGAGGCGCUAACAAAUCUCACCUUUCUUGGUAUCUUGAACUUGUGCAACAACCAGUUGGUGGGAAGGAUACCUCGCUCAGGUCAAUUUGCGACGUUCCAAAACAGUUCAUUUGAGGGAAAUAUGGGGCUGUGUGGACUGCCAUUGUCCAACCCAUGCAGCAAUUCACCUACUCCUCCAAGUGCAGUGCAUGGGGAGAAGUCCUUUCAUGUGGACGUCAUCUUGUUUCUCUUCGUCGGGCUGGGCUUUGGUAUCGGAUUUGCAGCUGCCAUCCUGAUAAGAUGGGGUCGGAUUCGCAAAUGGUUUGUUAAAUCUGCAAGAGCUUUGAGGACUUGA